GAACUAAACAUGUUUGGCCAGUUUUCUAGCCUAUCACUCAAUGAUGGAGGUUAUGACUACAAUUUCAUAGAAGAACCUGCAGACUCUCUCAAGUGUCUCAUCUGUCUGCUAGUAGUUAGGGAGCCACAACAACAUGGCGGCUGUGGGAAGCUAUUCUGUAAAGUGUGUAUUGACAAGCACAAGACCCUCAGCAAUGACUGUCCACACUGUAGAAGACCACUCUUGCAAUUGGGGCUAUCUACUGUUUUUCACGACCUUAAAAGUGAGCAAGAGGUGAAGUCACUCUUGGUUCGAUGUCCAAAAGACUGUGACUGGAAGGGAGAGCUUCGAUCACUAGAAGACCACAUACAGAAAGUCUGUGAGAACAUUUUAGUUCCUUGCCCAAAUGGUUGUAACAUUGGAAUCACACGGAAAAACAUUGAUUAUCACCGCCUUACUAACUGUCCAAAUCGACCACAUUUGUGUACAAAAUGUCAGAAAGAAAUGGAGUUCAGGAAUGCCAUAAGCCAUGAACUAAACGAGUGCCCCAAGAGACAGUACACAUGCCCACACUGCAGGGAAGCUGGUGUGUAUGAUGAGAGAACUACUACACAUCUGGAAGUCUGUCCUAAAGUAGAGAUAACAUGCAAACAAUGCUCACUACAAAUCUCUCGCUGUGACGAAUCACGUCAUUCAUUGGUCUGCCCAAAUGAACCAGUACGCUGCACAUACUUUAGUAUUGGCUGUGGAGAGAAACCUCUUAGAAAGGAUCUAGGUAAACACGAGGAAGAUGCUCAGCUUCAUCUUUCACUAGCAACUAAAGAGAUCUUGAGACUACGAAACAGACUCUUGAAGAAUACAGUAACAUUCAGAUUGAAAAAAAAUAUUGAAUUUGACAAUCAAAACAUUUUUAGCCCCGCCAUUUUCACCUCAGCUUCAGGGUAUAAACUUUGUAUUUGUGUUUUUGCCAAUGGGCGUGGUGAUGGUAAGGGCACCCAUGUUUCAGUGUAUGCUCAUCUCAUGAAGGGAGACAAUGACGACUCCCUGUCCUGGCCGUUCACUGGGACAAUCACAGUCGCGCUACUUAACCAACUGGAAGACAAGAACCAUCUCAAACGCACACUCACAUUCUCAGCAGAUUAUGUGGCCAGUCAGAGAGUGAUAGAUGUUGAGAAAGCACCAAAUGGAUGGGGCUGGCGUAAAUUCAUCUCCCACGCUGACCUUGUUCAUAAGCCUUCUACAAACAUUCAGUAUCUCAAAGAUGAUAUUUUAAUAUUUCGACUAUCUGCAGAAGCUCCUGACUACAAGCCAUGGCUAGAGUAAACUAAUUGUGUAUAAAUGUGAGUAAGACGAUUAUCUGCUGUGAACAAAUUAAUAGAUGAACCUUCAUAAUUAUGGAAUGUAACAUUCAAUUGAUGUAACAGCCUAGCCUAUACAAACGAGGACAAUAU